AUGGCUCCCCCCUCCGCCACAGAACCCGCGACGGUCACCGUCCCACCCUCGGGUAACAGCCAAGAGGCCGGCGUGGAAAAGGCCAAGGUGAAGAUGGGCGGAUUCCCCAAGCCGCCCGUCUUCGAGGAUAAAUACAAGGAGCGCGAGUAUCUCAAGGGUCGACUGGCUGCGGCGUUUCGAAUCUUUGGGAAGAAUGGAUACGAUGAAGGCGUAGCAGGGCACAUCACCCUUAGGGAUCCAGUCGACCCGAGCACCUUCUGGGUAAACCCCUUCGGCGUCGCCUUCUCGCAGAUCAAGUCCUCGGAUCUGAUCCAAGUCGACCACUCCGGAAAUGUCAUCGACGGCGGGCCCUGCCGCCUCCUCAAUGCCGCGGCCUUCAUGAUCCACUCGGCCAUCCACUCUGCGCGUCCCGACGUCCUCUGCGCAGCGCACAGCCAUAGUCUCUACGGGAGGGCGUUUUGUGCACUGGGCCGGCCGCUAGAUAUCAUUACGCAGGAUUCGUGUGCUUUUUAUAAUGACCAUGUCGUCUACACGCAAUUCAAUGGUGUCGUGCUCGCGGAGGAGGAGGGCAAGAAUAUCGCUGCGGCGCUGGGUGACAAGAAGGCUGCGUUGCUGCAGAACCACGGCCUGCUGACGGUUGGAAAGUCAAUCGAAGAGACCGUGUUCUGGUUUGUGAGUCUCGAGAAAUGCUGCCAUGCGCAGCUGCUUGCAGAUGCAGCGGCUGCGGGGCGCGGAGGGGAGACCGUGAAGAUCAACGAGGCCGAUGCGGCGUUUACGUACAAGGCUGUUGGGACGCCGUUUGCAGGGUACUUCAGUGCGAAGCCGUUGUUUGAUGUCAUACAUGAAGAGACGGGUGGGAAGUAUUUGGAGUGA